AUGAAUGGAAAUGUUUCCGAAUGGUAUAACGAAUGCGACAAUGCCAUUAGAAGGUCAGAAAUAGUUCCUGGAACUUACGAAUAUACAACUGCUGUUUCUUAUGGAAACGUAGGUGAGUUUGGAGAAGGUUCUUCAACAACAGUAGAUAUUGCUUGCGACAGGUUUCAUAUAAUUUCUAUUGACAACUCUUUCUUAUACGUGGAACAAGACAUUGAAAUAAAACCUUCUGCCAAGUUGUCUGACAAGAAAGGUUGCAAUGGAAUUUUCUAUGUCGGAUACCAAUAUGCUCCAGAAGUUUUCAUGGGAUAUAAGAUAUAUUCUAACUCUGACUUAGUUCAAACAGUAACAUGGGCAAACUAUGAAUGGUUCGCUUUGAGAAACUCAGUACAACCACAAGCUAGAGAACAAACAGACCAGUAUGCAACUAUUGAGAAAAUAAGAAGACUUGACCCUAACGUUCCAGGAGUUUAUGUUAACCUUUCUGGACAAACUGCAGCAGCAGUAACCAAAGUAAAACUGAAACUUAGAGUUCCUUUGUCAUCUUUCCUCAUCUUCAGGUUUUUAAGAUACUUGCCAAACUGGGCAGGAAAAAUUUCUAUCGAACUUACUCCAAGCAAAAAUAACUUAGUCAUUGCACCAACACAAGACCCAUUCACUCUUACUGUAGCUGGAACUGGUGGAGCCAAGUUCUGUGACUUUUGCAAAGACAAAGUUGACUUAGACUUUGGUUUCUCAAACCUCAACACUGAAGUAAACUACUACUUCAAUGCUGCUGGAACUGCUUGGGACCCAGUUAAGUUCACAUGCGAAAAAUUUGAAUGCAAGAGAAUAGAAAGCAGACUUGCAGUCUAUAUGUUGGACCCAGAUAUUUCAAAUGCUUUAGCUGCCAAAUAUAUUGCAGUUCCACUUAUGUUCCCUAUACACCAAAUAUCUGUCAAAGACUUUGCAG